UGUACACACAUUUGCAAAAGGUCGCUCAAUAAGAAAAAGGCAAUGAUCCAAGGGAGUUUAAACUGAAGAAAGUUUCUUCCACCAUAGUCUAAGUUUUGGGUUGGCUUAAAGGCAAGGCUACAUACUUUUGGAAGCUCAGAAAAUAUAAUUACUGAUAUGAAACAAAAAGUUCCCUGAGUUUUCUGUGGAAAGAUCAGGACUUUGUCAAGGAGGAAAAAUAUCUUUGAUAAAAUGGAGUUAAAUAGGUGCCCAAGUGCAUCAGUAGAAGAGGAUCAAAGACAAGGGGAUGGGGAGGAUGCUACUGCUGAUGCUGGCAAUUGUGUUGUCAGUGAAGAGCUGGAUCUGGUACAAAUGUAUCUUACCUGUUUACCGGACACCUACAUGAAAGCUAAAUUCACCCUGACAGCAUACCUGGCAUGCUGGUUAGUUCUGAAACUCUGCAAGAGAGCCUGUGAGAAAGGAGACUCUGCUUCUAAAAAGGUGCUCAGAGGAAGUGCCGCAAGAGGGACUGCUGGAGUGACAGAAGAGGAGACUACUUCUAAGAAGCCAAAGCACCAUACCCAAGUGCUGAGUCAAUUUCAGACCCCAGAGCCAACUGAAAACUACAUCACUGAAGGAGAGUUUGAAGAUGACCAGAGUUCUUCUGCCCCAAGCACGGUAGAGUUGGAGAUACGUGGGUCAAGCCAGGAAACAGACGAAGAUUAUUUUGAGACCCAAUCGCAUCAGAGUGAAUCCUUGUCUGACAUAAAGACUGAGCCUUAUGAAAGUGUGUCAGACACAGAGUCUGUUGCCAGUGACAUAAGUGGAGAAACUUGCUUAAGUUCAAACUGCCUUUCUGCUGAAAAAAAAGAACCAUGCCAUACUUUUCCUGAUACCAAUGCAGAAAUACCCCCUCAUAAACUUCAUUGCAUGAGCCAACUGGAGUUGAGUCAAAAGGCACAAUUGGAGUUGUCUUCUGAUUUAAAAGUAGCACCAAGUAAAAGUGAAUUUUGUAUACAGACUACAAAAUCGAGAAGAGAAGAAGAGGCAGGAGAGGAAGAACUAAUAUUAACUAGUGAUCCCUCCAAUACUGGGUCUGGCACUAGUGGAGAGGACACUAUAUCUAAGACAGAGACUAAAUUGGUAGUGGAUGGAUUGCAAGGUGAAGCAAAGUCUGAAAACAAUAAAGUGCAAUCCUGUGCCAGCUCAGAACCAGCUGAAGAUGCUAUUGCAAAGAGUAAAAAAAGUCCAGCAGGAUUAAGCAUUGCUUGUCUGAAAGCAAACUCUGAAAGCUGUUUGACUUUUCUCGAGACUCAGCAAUUUCCUUUGCAGCCAGAUGUAGGAUCAAGCCAUAGUUUGCCUAAUAUUAAUUUUGAAACAAAUAGAACUGACAGUAAAAGAAACUCUGAGACAUUUGAAUUUCACUGUGCACUAGAUUCUAGAUCCCACAUAAAAUGCAGUCAGAGGAACUCAGUUAACAAUGAGGAAACUACAGCUACAAAGACAAGAAACAGAACUCCAGGGGCCACCCUUAAAACGGAUUCACUCUUAUACCAGCCCUGCCUAAAAUCCAAAUUUCAGCUUCCACACAUGAGGCCAGAGAUCAAAGAAAGUAAAACAUGGCACAGUGCACCUGAAAAUAUAAAUGCCGGGGGCGAGAGAGACUACUUAGGUAACUGCAUUCAGCUUACAGAUAAAUUAAGAUUGUCAUGUUCCAGGAUACAUCUUGAAGGAUUGGGUUUUGAGUACACCUGGAAAAACAUAGAAAGGGUUGGUGGGAGCUCUGAAAAAGCAAUAAAAGUGGAGGGGAAAUUUGGCAUAAAAGGAUCACUCCUUAAUACCUGCCUAGACUCAAAUAACAGUCAGCUAUCUCAUCCAGCGGGCUCCCAGCAAAGUGCUGAAGCUAAUUUGCAUACUGAAUCAGAGAAAUGUGGCCUUAACACAGAAGCAGACAUGUGUGCUGAUGGCUUAUCUUCAGCACAGCUCCAACUGAGAGAUACCUCUGAGUGGGAUUCAAAAGAAAGGGAGACUCCCUCUCCCUUGGCUUCAGAGCCAAUGAGCGUAAAUGCUGAAGGAGAGGUAAGAAAAGCUAAAUGCAAAUCUGAGAGGGGUUUCAAAGCACACGGGUUCUCUCACAGCAUUAACUCUGAAUCUGGCAUCAGUGAGGACCAAGCAACUUGUCUUGUAGGUGUUUCUGCCAUUGCAGAAAACAAAGGUGAUAACUAUUUAGCAAACUAUGGCCCAGCUGGUAAAACACAGCUGAACAACUUGGAGGAGAGCAGCCCUGAAUCACCAAGUACUGAGGCUUGUGUGGGAGAAAGAGAUUCAGAGGAUUCUUCUGAACUGAAUUUGGGUUGGAAAUCCCUGGAGGCCACACUGAACUCUGGUGGCCAAGACAUUGCAGGAGAGCAGGACGUUUCGAUGCUGCAAAACCUGAAUUGCAAAAACAAUGCCUUACUGGGUCACUCUGAGCUUGUAACAACAAAUGGACAUCUCGCUGAUGCAGGAAAAAAGGAUGAGAAUGAUGGUGUUGAUGCCUGUUCUGUUGAAAUAGCUACCAAACCACAUUACAUGCACCAGGGGAAAAAGUUGAUGAAGCUCUCAGAGUUAAAACCUGCUUUGAUUAUAAUAUCUGUGGAGGAGAAGGGCUUGCAGUCCAAGAUGCUGAACGAUGACCGUCCUGCUGGAAUAAUAACUGGAACGUUAGGAGAACUAGCCAAUGAGGAUUUGGGGUCUCAUCCCGUUGCCAGAAAAGAACCCGAUGAAUCACAGAGAGAUCUGAAUGCAUAUUCCAGCCUUGAAGAGCAAACUCUGCCCAUACAGCCCAUCUCUGGCAAUGAAGAGGUGACCGCUGCUGGGAGCACAGGGCAAGAAGAAUCAGAAAUUGUGCAGCAGCAAGUAGAGAGAACAGAUCCAGAUUUGUCUUUAAAACUCCGCUGCAGUGGCUUCCCGGUAACCACUAUAAAAAAUGAAUCCAGUGGGUCUAAUUUACACUUGGAAGAUGUUACCGUUCCCUCGAAAGAAAAGGCAGAUGCAUGCAUUGGAGCACAUUUGAAAUCACCUGGCAUAAUUAUUGGGGGAAUCUGUCAGGUAGAGUCCUGCAGAACUAAUGCUGGAGUGCAGUCAGAAACAGAGCUGCUAAAAAAAUCACUCUUUGAAACAAGAGACAGCAAAGUGACUGAGGAAAAUGAGUUCAAUAUAAGUCAAGGCCUAGAGCAAGAUAUAUGUGGAACUAGCGCAACAGCACUGGAAAAGAACAGGAUUAGUGGCCUGUGUCAGGGAGAUGGUGCUUAUGGUGACACCUUCGGGAGCAUCAUCUCUUGCGUACAGAGGCUAGAAAAGAAAGAAACUGAAAGCUGUAAUAUUUCAAAGGAACAAAUAGGCAUUAGUGAAGAUUCUCCCAGCAGAGAACUAAAGCUGGGCUCUACUGUGGAGGAGCUGGCGAGCCUUAGCAAAGACAAUGAACGGAAUCCAAAUGAGACCGAUGCUUUUAACUGUAUAGUGAAAACGGAGAGCCAAGAGGCCUCUGCCCUGGGUCUAGAUAAUGUAAGCACUAGCAGUGCUAACAGUGAGGAGAUGGAUGAGAAUUCGUUCCAUUUCUUGGGGAGUAACAGCAGUCUCUAUAAAGCUGUGCAGAAGCAGACCAAGACUGGGAAACCUUCCAAGUUUUUAGUGUUCUCAAAAAUAGCAUCUUUCAAGAAAACCAAGACAGCGGCUGCUGAAAACCAAGGUAGCAGCAGCUUCUUUGGCAGCAAAACAAAGACAGAAGAAUUUGAUGCUGGGAAAGAGGAUGAAGACACAGAAAGCUUGCAGUCUUUUAAAAGCAGUUCACCCAGUUCUGCCUUCCAAAGAAAGGAAAGCUAUACCUCUGAAUAUUCUGAUGAUGACGACUUAUUUUAUGAAAGACCUGCUGGAUUGUUCAGCAGAAUCAGCCUGAGGAAGGCUUCUGGCUCUGGUCGGAUACUGAUGGACAACAUAGACACAAAUUCUACUUCCCCCUCGUUGAAUGUCAAACACUCUGAAGCACGAGUCUUAGAAUCAGUUGAAAAUAAUGACAGUGAAGUGCCACAGUAUUCUUUGGUGAGGAAAUCCCUGAGUGAGAAUGAGUAUAAAAGAAACAAAAAUCCAGAGGGUAAAAAAUUCAGGACAAGACUGGCCUUGGCACAUAAAUCCUUCUCAAGUUUCUUUGAAUCCAAAUCCCUGGAAAAGGAAAAUCCUGAACAGAGUCCCAAAGGAUCACUGAAACAUGAAAAGGAGAAAGCCAAGCUUCGCCAAAGCUCCUGGAAAGCAUUUCUGAAAAGCAGGGAGGCUGAUGGACUGAAAAAUCCAACCUUAGCAAGUUUAUCACCAUCACAGGAGAGUCUUAAAACAACCCGGGGCCACCAGCAAGGUCCUGGUAAUGUUACAAGAAGAACAUCCACAGAGAAGCAGGAGAGCUCUAAUGGACAAGCAUUUUUGAGCUCAUAUGAGUUUAAUGCCACCUCCACGGAUGCCAACUAUUCUGACACCUCUGUGGAAUCCAUUGAGGUCUCUACACCUAUAGAUAUGAGAAGAAAAAGAGUACUAUCCUAUGAUCUGACUAUCAAAUGUCCAGAAUAUCCAGACUAUGCUGAGCAGCGGGAAACAAUGGUCAACAGUUCAGAUACUUCUGAGGAAUACUGGCUGAGAUCUCCCUUUAGCCCCAGUGACCUGCAAUCACCGUUUACUCAGCUAAGCCCCUCUUGCCCCCAGCUAUCGACAUAUGAAGGUAAAGACAUGCCCUGUCGUCCCAUGAGCCCUAAACCACAAAGUCCAAGACCUGGCUCUCAACGUAAGAGUUUCCGUUAUCCCGGGAGAAUAAGUGCCACUUCCAUGAUUUCUCUUGGGAACAGCUCUGCUAUCGACAGCAAUUUAGAGGCACCCGAGAGGCCAAAGACACUGAAGCCCAGGGGUACUCUCUUGCUUUCUGUGCACUCACUGGACAAUGAAUACCUGAGAGAAGACAGUGGGAUAAGCAGCCAGUCACAGAUCAGCUUAAACACUGCUUCUUCAGUUAGCGAUAUACUCAGAGAUGAGGAUCCCCAACAGCAAAGUCAAACGCCACCUGAAAAGAGGCCCAGUGAGAAAUGGGUUCUGCAUCGCAAAAAGAAGUCCCCUCAGAUCAUGCUGUCCCCACGGCCAUUCUCCAGCAUUGAGAGCAAAGUCUGGAUGCUCCCCUUCCUCAUCCCAGAUGGAAAAGCCAAGAAGACGUCGCAGAGGAAGAGACUCAAACCCCUGUACAAGCGCUUCAGCUGUGACGACAUGUGGCUGGAGAGGUACCGGAAAAGGAAUCUAGAGAAGGAGACGCAGUUGGAGAGAGAGAUUCAAUUGAGGAACCUCCCAGAGGACCAGUUAAAAGCUAGAAUGAGUCUGUCCAUAACUUCUCCAGUUGCCUUUGAGAUUCUUCCCCUGAAGUUGCAUCCAUUUUCCCAGAGCACCCCAACAGGCUUAGACUGCGUGGGCUGGAGACGGCGUAUCUCAUUUCCUGUGAUCACUGAUGGGGCGCUGGAUAAGACAGCUCUUGCAGAUGAUGUGGGAAGCGAGGAGGAUCUGUAUGAGGACUUUCGGAGUUCCAAUCACCGCUAUGGCCAUCCUGGAGGAGGAGGAGAACAACUUGCCAUCAAUGAGCUCAUCAGCGAUGGCAGCGUGGUAUACGCAGAAGCCCUCUGGGAUCAUGUCACCAUGGAUGACCAAGAGCUGGGAUUCAAGGCUGGCGAUGUCAUCGAAGUGAUGGAUGCUACCAACAAGGAGUGGUGGUGGGGGAGGAUCCUGGACAGCGAAGGCUGGUUUCCAGCCAGCUUUGUACGGCUCCGAGUGAACCAAGAUGAACCCAUGGAAGACUAUCCUAUGAAGGCAGAGGACGGCAAAGAGGAGGAUGCCAGCACCACCGCCCGGCGUUAUGGAGUGGGGCAGACCAGCAAGGACCAAAUGAGGACCAAUGUUAUCAACGAGAUCAUAAGCACAGAGAGAGACUACAUCAAACACCUGAAGGACAUCUGUGAGGGUUACAUUAAGCAGUGCCGCAAGAGGGCUGACAUGUUUACAGAAGAACAGCUGAAGACAAUCUUUGGGAACAUCGAAGACAUUUACAAAUGCCAGAAAAAAUUUGUAAAAGCGCUGGAGAAGAAAUUCAACAAAGACCAUCCACACUUGAGUGAGGUCGGCUCCUGCUUCCUAGAAUAUCAAACAGAGUUCCAGAUUUACUCCGAGUACUGCAACAACCACCCCAACGCCUGCGUGGAGCUGUCCCGACUCACCAAAGUCAACAAGUAUGUCUACUUCUUUGAAGCGUGCCGCCUGCUUCAGAAGAUGAUCGACAUCUCUCUGGAUGGGUUUCUGCUGACUCCAGUGCAGAAAAUCUGCAAGUAUCCACUGCAGCUGGCUGAACUACUCAAAUAUACUAACCCCCAGCACAGGGAUUUUAAAGAUGUUGAAGCUGCCUUAAAUGCCAUGAAGAACGUUGCUCGACUGAUCAAUGAGAGAAAAAGGAGGCUGGAGAACAUAGACAAAAUUGCCCAGUGGCAGAGUUCCAUAGAGGACUGGGAGGGUGAAGACGUCCUAGUCAGAAGCUCAGAACUCAUCUAUUCUGGGGAAUUAACCAAAAUCUCCCAGCCUCAAGCGAAGAGCCAACAGAGAAUGUUCUUCCUCUUUGAUCACCAGCUGGUCUGCUGUAAGAAGGAUCUCCUGCGCCGGGACAUCCUCUAUUAUAAGAGUCGGAUCAACAUGGAUGACAUGGAAAUAGUGGACGUGGAGGAUGGGAAGGAUAAGGACUUCAAUAUCAGUGUUAAAAAUGCAUUCAAGCUGCUCUGCAGGGACCCUGAGGAAGUCCACUUAUUCUGUGCAAAAAAGCCUGAACAGAAACAGCGCUGGCUCAAGGCAUUCGAGAAUGAAAGGAAACAGGUUCAGCUUGACCAGGAAACUGGUUUUUCAAUCACAGAGGUGCAGAAGAAGCAGGCGAUGCUGAAUGCCAACAAACAGCACCACACCGGAAAGCCUAAGGCUGUCACCAGGCCCUACUAUGACUUUCUGAUGCGUCAGAAGCACCCUUCUCUGCCUACCAACCUCCCCCAGCAGCAAGUCUUCAUGCUGGCAGAGCCCGCGCAAGCCCUCGAACUUCUGGCAGAACAUCAGCAGGCUGACACCCUUUCGGAAGUGAGGGGCAGCUCCCUAUUGUGCCUGAAUCCCUACUGAGAAAGCACUUUAGCCAUCUGUUCCAGCUGACGGACCCCCGGCUCCUCCAUCCCUCUGUUUGCAAAGGAUGGCGCAUGCUCCUUCCUUCCCUAUUUAUUCUGCAGACUGACUGUACUUGAAUGGGUCCGAAGUGGAACACUGUGUUGCGUGUUUUUGUGCCAGUCAAAGUGAGCCAGCCCUGCACAACACUCGGGAGCCAUACAAACCCCCAGGAAGAGAUCACGACAGGAUGGAGCCUGAACUGUUUUUCAUCUUACCCUUGUUGUCAGCUGCAUCUUGAACCAAUCCUCCCAGCUGUGAACAUUAUUGCUGUCUGACAACUGCCAGAGAGACUCUAGCCUUCAGCCAACUUGGCUGCCCAUGCAGAGAUGGCAGUUUGUCCAUUCCAACACCAGCCUGCUUGGUGUCUACUGAGCAUGCUCAGAACCAUGGUUCAUUGUUGCUGAUGUGAUGCACUUUUGGGGGGACUAACCCUUCCUUUUACUGCCCCAAUUCCCGAGUUCAUCUUCAAAGAAAUGAUCUUACUACACGUUUAACAGACUGAUUAGCCUUUAUUGGCACUCAGAGAAGGCAACAAUGAUAUUGCUGUGCCCUUUUUCUUUUCCUUAGGUCAACACACCGCCGAACCAUAGUCCGUUAAAUGGUGCCAAUCAAACCCACAGCAUGAGUGAAGUACAUGCAUCUUGCAACCUAGUUGAUUUUCUUUGAGUUAUGUAAAAAAAAAAAAAUGAGUUAGGAAAAAAAUGUGCCUAAAAUAAAUACUGUUGUCAGCUCCUUAGACUCUUCCCACUGUCACUCUGCCAUAUUUCCUGGCCAAUGAAAAUGUUAAACGUUUGUAAUGUGUUUAUUUAUGGCAAAUACAGAACUGUGUAUUUUGUAAGUUUGUAAUCAGUCCUGUCAGAUGUUGUUAACUUGAUGCCUGUUCGUCUGUCUUUCUUUUUUUUGUUAACAAAAAACAAAGGCCAACAUCUGCAAACUUAAUUCCCUUAAGUUAAGGUCCUAACUCCACAGUUGAGCUCCUUCGUUCAAAAUGGAUGGAUUUUUCCAAACCAGAGAACACGUACAUUUCCCCCCCACACAUAUUGAGGUGUAUUCCAGGUCACCUGCACCUUUGAAAAAAGAAAUCAGGCCAUUUAUAAGGUGCCUAAAUGUGGAAUUAAGAGCUUAGCAGUAGGCAUGCAGGUUUGUAAAUUGUGGCCAAAAAGAAUUCAUUUAAUCCUCGGUUAGUAAAAGGAAAGAUUUGCCUUACAAUAGUGAAAGAGUUAGAAGCCAUAAGGACUGAAUUCCAUAGCUUAGAAGAAGUUGCAGCUGGUUGGAAGGAAAACACCCAUUCGUUCCAGCGUGUUGCUAUUGUGAGUAAGCACUAACUGUCUGCAAAGCUCAGAGUUCCAAUGUUUGCUGAUACUGUAGCUGACUGAAGUCUGGUUAUCCAGGGAUAUCUGAAUUCAGUAGCAUGUACAAAAGUCAUUCUUGCACUAUAUCUUUCCCCUCGCCAGGGGCUACAUUUAAUUUCAUAAAGAAACUUGUAAAAAUGA